UGAUACGUGACUUUAAAUAUUCGUUGUAAGUGCUUCUCACCGUUAGUACUAGCGUGGGACGUCAUGGGUAUGAUAUUCAAACUUCUUCUCCUCACUGGAGCCUCUAUUUUUUUAGGAGUGAAUGGAUAUAAAGUAAACUUCUACCAAUGCGCACCAGUCGGCUGGAACUCCCCAACUAUCGACGUUUCAAUUUUAGAACAAAAUCUCCAAAAAAUUGAAAAUUUGGUCCAACCACUAAAUGCAACCUCAGAUGACUUCAUGUAUCUCUUUCCGGAAUUUAUGCUCUCCACGAUAAGGGUGAUUAACGAUCGCGAGGGUGCAAAAAUAGUCGCCCAAAGAGUACCGGAACCAAAUCUAGGGCCAAGUCCAUGUGUGGCAAACAGUCAAAACCCAGAUGAUUUGGUUGUUCGGAGACUGUCCUGCUUGGCCAGAGUUAAAUAUGUGUUUGUGGCUGCCGGUCUUUUGGAAAAAGAACCAUGCCAAGUCGGGAUUAACGGUUGCAGAGCAGAUGGUCUGAAAAUUUACAGUACCACGGUUGUUUUUGAUAAGGAUGGAUACCUUGUGGCAAAGUACCGAAAGUAUCACUUGAUUGACGAACCUGCUCUGGACUCUGCAGAUUCUAUCACAACCUCCACUUUCAAUGUAAAUGCUGGGACUGUCUUAGGCAUAUUAACAGGGCAUGAUCUAUUGUUUGCGGAACCAACAUCUCACAGAAUAUCGGAAACUUUAUAAUUACCAGCGCUUGGAAAAAUAGAUACCCGUUCGAUUUUUCAAUAUCUACUCAAAUGGGUUGGUACGUUAGGCACUCCACAAACAAGGCAGUUGCCGUCGCUAGUUACCUUGAUCCAGAAAUGGGCUACACUGGCAACGGAUAUUAUCAUGGCACUGGAAAUUUUGGAUUGCAUUAUCAAUCUGUGCCAGGUUCUUGUUCGCCUUUGUUGCUCGCACCUGGACUACGUCAUGAAGCAAAUCAAGAAUUUUCGGACGAUGAAAAGGGACAAAGAGCCAUUGUUGCUGAGGGCAUUGACUUCAGCAAUUACAUUGCUGUGAAUGUGCCACUUUAUGAUACCGUCAACAGAAUAGGUGUUUGCUCAGGAACGGAAUUUUGCUGUUCCUUGACUUACAAGGCUGAGAAUGUAGUCCCAGAUACGCAUUUCCAGCUAGUCGCCUUUGAAGGCAAUCGCUAUGCAUCAGAUGGAACUGUUUUAUUCCCUGAGCAGACGUGUGGUUUGGUCGCGUGCUCAGGGUGGGACAGAUCGACCUGCGGCGCUUCAAAGAAUGAAACCCUUUACGCCAAGGAGGUGCGAUUUUUGAACUUGACACUUGUAGGAAGCUUUUCGACCGACAGAGUUAUAGUGAAUACAAUUGAUGGUGCAUAUGAUCAUGAAAAGUGGUUUUAUCCUCUCAGCGAUCCUCGGCAAACAAAUUUUCGCUUGACAACAAAUGGAGACAGAUAUGAUGCUGAGAUUUCGAAUAUACAGCCAAUUUCCAUUAAAAUGUUCGGGCUCACUUCGACAGACUACAACGUUUAAAUAAUGAAGAGACAGUAUUUAUGUGAAGUAAUUCACAUUUACUAAAGGUUAUCAAUGAAAUAAUAAUAAAAUUUUAACAAAAAGGGAAAGGUUCAAAAUAUA